GUAAUAACUUCAGUUAGAAUUUUCUUAGUGACAGUUGAUAUAGAAAUUGAACCGUCUUGAACGGUAGAUAGUUAAGUGAUUACAGCUGAAUAAAAGAUGAUUCAAAAAAUACAAUGCAUCGCUAUGUGCAAAAAGAAAAAAGAGCGGAAAAGGAUACAUUGUAUUCAACUAAGUAUAAUCGAUUGACGAUUUCUUAUAUCGUUCUAAAAAAAUGAAGACAACAUCGAACAAAGACUUCGCUUACGCUAUGACACCGUUGAAGUUCUUGUCAUGGCCUUUAGGUACCUGGCCGCUUCAAGUAUUCAAUACAUUCUCGAUCAUACGUGCCAUGUUUUCAACUUUUCUUGUGGUAUGAAGUUUUCGUCAUUAUGUCUCUCAAUGAUUAGCUGGGAUUUAAGUAUCAUUCUUUUGCAGUUGCUAAUGUUAGCGAUCCUGCAAGUGGAAUUAUAUUUGGACAGAAGCAACGCAGAAAAUAAUCUAGAUGCUCUAGUAUUAAUCAAUGGCGGCAUUUUGGCAGUGGCAAAGGUAAUGUGUUUUCAUAUACGGCCCUUAGGACUUAUCUCCAAUUUUACUUCUGCGGUUAAGGAUUACAACGAAUUGAACAGCGAAGAAAAUCGAGUGAUUGUGCGCCGACACGCUUACAUGGGUAGAGUAGCAUGCGCUAGUUUAAUAUUUUGCUCGUAUGUCGGCUCCACGCUUUUCAUGACUGUUCCUAUGCUUGCUGGAGAUGAAGAAGAAGUGAUUAAUGUAACGGAAGAAAGUGCAAUAAAAUAUCCUAUGCCAUCUGAAAAUACACUAACACUUAUAAAUAUGCCGGAAAAAAUGUAUUUCGUGAUUUUUAUUGUGGAAUAUUUAAUGUUGCUACUUACGAGUACUGGAAAUUUGGGUAGUGAUUCAUUGUUUUUUGGUAUUGCCUUUCAUUUGUGCGGUCAAGUGGAAAUUUUGAGACUAGAAUAUAAUAAAUUGUCAAACGAGAACGAAAGAGCAACGAAAGAUAUUAUUUUAUUAACUAAGAGGCAUAUUUACUUGUUGAAACUAAGCGACAUGUUGAACGAAACAAUUAGCUCUAUUUUGAUCGUACAGCUAUUUUCAAGUUGUGUGCUUAUAUGUACGACCGGAUUUGAAUUUAUUCUCGCUUUGAACAUUGGAAAUAUCGUCAUGACAAUAAAAACAUUUAUAGUAAUGUGCGUGCUCUUGAUACAAUUAUUCGCAUACAGUUACGUAGGUGAAUAUUUAAAAACUCAAACUGAAGAUCUUGGUAAUUCGGUGUACUUCUGUACUUGGUACAAUAUGCCAAAAAAUGUGACACAAAACAUUAUUUUUAUCAUUAUGAGAGCUCAACAUCCUGUUUUCUUAACGGCUGGGAAAUUCUUUGUUGUCAAUAUGGAAACGUAUAUGAGUAUUUUAAAAACUUCGAUGUCGUACCUUUCAGUUCUUCGAGUGAUGGUAAAUUCUUAAGAUUUUUAUAUUGAAGUAAAUAUUUUAAGAACAGAUUGAAAGAAUCUUAAAAUUUAUAUCAGUAUAAUAAAGCACAAUAAAAUAUUAAAUAUUACGUAUUUCGUUAUCUAUUAAUGUCAAAUACUCAAAUUCUAAUUACUUUUGUCAAAAAUCUGCAAUCGUUGAUAUCGUUCUGUAGACUAUAUAAAUAAUAAUUUUCGAAAUGAAUAACAGAUGGCACUGUAAUAUUGUCUGAACGUGGCUACAUUAGCUAAUCAACAAACAAUUUGCAAAUCAACAGAUCACAGUGCCACCAGACGGCAUAAAAAUCAUAUAUGACAACUAGCAUGCUUCUCUUAUAAUUAGUUGAAAAUGAUUAAAAAUAAUUAAAUUAUUCAAAUGUCUUAUUCAAAUAUAUCAAAUAUAUAACGAUACUCUAUAA